AUGACAGGAUUGACAUGUUUCUUGGCCCUACGGGACUUUUUCAAUAUUGCAAUGGACAAAAGCCCACAAAUGAUCAACCUUAACGUGGAAAAGAGAAAAAGUUCAGGGCCUUCAAAAUGGAAUUGCAAGGAUGGAAACUUUGGCGUCAACUACUACGUCCGAUUAGAAAAUAUCUUUCACAAAACACCAAAGAGUUUCAGUUCAAAUCCUCCACUGCAUCUCUCUGAACGUCUAUAUAUACCAUUGGCCAAUCUGUUUUCCCCAUCCCAUAUCCAACAAAUCAAGGCCUUUAGCUUUGCUAACAUAGAAAACCUUUUGUUUUUAGCCUCUCUUUCUUUUCUCUUCUCUAUGAUUUCAUCUCCAUUAUUCUCCAAUGCUCUCUCCAAUUGCAACGGUCCAUGCCGAGACCUGAACGACUGCUCUGGUCAGCUCAUUUGCAUCAAAGGCAAGUGCGCUGAUGAUCCUGAUGUGGGGACUCACAUCUGCCAAGGAAGUAGCCACUGCCAGCCCUCAGGCACUCUUAAAUGCAAGGGCAAAAGUCAUCCCACUUACACAUGCUCACCUCCAGUUACAUCCGCCACAAAAGCUCGCUUAACGAACAACGAUUUCAGCGAAGGUGGUCCAUCUGAAUGUGAUGGGAAACAUCAUAGAAACUCCGAGAAUAUAGUGGCCCUGUCCACUGGUUGGUAUAAUGGAGGGUCAAGGUGUGGGAAAAUGAUAAGGAUCACCGCCAGUAACGGAAGAAGCGUAACGGCUAAGGUGGUUGACGAGUGUGACUCGAGGCGUGGGUGCGACGAAGAGCAUGCAUACCAGCCACCUUGUGAGAAUAACAUUGUUGAUGGGUCUGAUGCUGUGUGGAGUGCUUUGGAGCUGGAUAAAGAAGAGGGGAUUGUAGACGUUUCCUGGUCCAAGGCCUAGGGUUUAAGAACUUAAAUUCUACUUUUUUUUUUUAAUGUUUAAAUUUGGUUAAAUUAAUAAGGUCAAGAAAUUUGGUGGGCAUGGUCCUUGUCCAUGGCCUUUGUAAAAUCUGUAUGAAACUGAGCAGGGAGUUAAAUCUUGCUCUUUGAUAUGAGAAAACAUAGCGAGAAAUAAUGAUAAUAAAUUUGCAUAUAUCAUUGUCCAACUUGUCAAAGUUUGAAAUUUCAAUGCCACCAUUAAUCCUUGGAAGUUAUAUCAAUCACUUUC